AACCAGGCUCCCCCAGCGUGGGUCGGGGAGAGUCAGCAGGAGGCUUGCAGCUGAGGGGGGGGUUGCCCAAUCUGGUGUGAAAGACUCUAUGUUCCUCGGGCUUUCAGCGGCAUGUUACAUGGAUGAUCCCUAACCAUGGGAAGCAGAUGGGUCUGGAAUUAUCGUCCCUUUUUGGAACUUGGGGAAACUGAGUCUCACAAAAAUUGGGGACUUCCACCAGGGACUCGGAUGAAUCCAGACACUCGGCCCCCCUCACCCAGCUCAGACCUCAGAAUGCGGUGCGAGGAGGGGUCGCAAGUUGGCAGAGAAGGAAGGCACAGUCGCCGCGGGGCGCCCGGAGGAGGGAAGGGGGCGCCACGGGCGGGACCACGUGACAGCCGAGGCCCGUCGCCCCGUGGGCCGGGCGGUGCAGCUCCACCCGGCCCCGCCAGACCUGCGUCGGCCCAGUGGCCCCCUGGGGUCCUUUGCCACUCCCUCGCACUGACCCCGCGGCCCCUCCCUCGGUUCCCGGCGGGGCACAGCAGCCAGGAGCCCAGUCCCUAUGAUGAGAGCGAAGUGCACGACUCCUUCCACCAGCUCAUCCGAGAGGCCCAGGAGGGGCUGGAGCUGCAGCAGAGAGCGAGGGGGGCCGCAGGGAGUGGCCCACACACACUCUCGGGGUCUGAGGACACCCGCAGCACGGCCACCCUCCGCAUCCUGGCCAGCAUGCCCAGCCGCACCAUUGGCCGCAGCCGGGGCGCCAUCAUCUCCCAGUACUACAACCGCACGGUGCAGCUUCGGCGCCGGAGCAGCCGGCCCCUGCUCGGGAACUUGGUGCGCUCUGCCCGGCCCAGCCUCCGCAUGUACGACCUGGAGCUGGACCCCAGGGCCCAGGAGGAGGAGGAGAAGCAGAGCCUCCUGGUGAAGGAGCUCCAGAGCCUGGCGGUGGCACAGCGGGACCACAUGCUUCGAGGGAUGCCUUUAAGCCUGGCUGAGAAGCGCAGCCUGCGAGAGAAGAGCCGGACCCCAAGGGGGAAGUGGAGGGACCAGCGGGACCACGGCGGUGUCUGCUCCUGCUGUGGCUGGCUCAGAUAUGCCUGUGUGCUGACCUUGCACAGCCUGGGGCUGGCGCUGCUGUCCAGCCUGCAGGCUCUGACGCCGUGGCGCUACGCCCUGAAGCGCAUCGGGGGCCAGUUCGGCUCCAGCGUGCUCUCCUACUUCCUCUUUCUCAAGACCCUGCUGGCUUUCAAUGUCCUCCUGCUGCUGCUGCUGCUGGCCUUCAUCGUGGGCCCGCAGGCUGCCUUCCCGCCCGCCCUGCCGGGCCCUGUCCCGGUCUGCACAGGCCUGGAGCUCCUCACAGGCGCGGGCUGCUUCGCCCACACUGUCAUGUACUACGGCCACUACAGUAACGCCACGCUGAACCAGCCGUGUGGCGGAGCCCUGGAGGGCGGCCGGUGCUCACCCAGGGUGGGCGGCCUGCCCUACAACAUGCCCCUGGCCUACCUCUUCACCGUGGGCGUGGGCUUCUUCAUCACCUGCAUCACCCUGGUGUACAGCAUGGCUCACUCUUUUGGGGAGAGCUACCGGGUGGGCAGCACCUCUGGCAUCCACGCCAUCACCGUCUUCUGCUCCUGGGACUACAAGGUGACACAGAAGCGGGCCGCCCGCCUCCAGCAGGACAGCAUUCGCACCCGGCUGAAGGAGCUUCUGGCCGAGUGGCAGCUGCGGCAGAGCCCCAGGAGUGUGUGCAGGAGGCUGCGGCAGGCAGCCACACUGGGACUCGUGUGGCUGCUGUGUCUGGGGACCGCACUUGGCUGUGCUGUGGCCGUCCACGUCUUCUCGGAGUUCACGAUCCAGAGUCCGGAGGCUGCUGGCCAGGAGGCCUCGCUGCUGGUCCUGCCCCUGGUGGUCGGCCUCCUCAACCUGGGGGCCCCCUACCUGUGCCGCAUCCUGGCUGCCCUGGAGCCGCAGGACUCCCCAGUGCUGGAGGUGUACGUGGCCAUCUGCAGGAACCUCAUCCUCAAGCUGGCCGUCCUGGGGACACUGUGCUACCACUGGCUGGGCCGCAGGGUGGGCGUCCUGCAGGGCCAGUGCUGGGAGGACUUAGUGGGCCAGGAGCUGUACCGGUUCCUGGUGAUGGACUUCGUCCUCAUGCUGCUGGACACGCUUUUUGGGGAACUGGUGUGGAGGAUUAUCUCCGAGAAGAAGCUGAAGAGGAGGCGGAAGCCUGAGUUUGACAUUGCCCGGAAUGUUCUGGAGCUGAUUUAUGGGCAGACUCUGACCUGGCUGGGGGUGCUCUUCUCGCCCCUCCUCCCCGCUGUGCAGAUCAUCAAGCUGCUGCUUGUCUUCUACAUCAAGAAGACCAGCCUUCUGGCCAACUGCCAGGCGCCGCGGCGGCCCUGGCUGGCCUCGCACAUGAGCACCGUCUUCCUCACGCUGCUCUGCUUCCCCGCCUUCCUGGGCGCCGCCGUCUUCCUCUGCUACGCCGUCUGGCAGGUGAAGCCCUCAGACAUCUGUGGCCCCUUCCGGACCCUGGACACCAUGUACGAGGCGGGCAGGGUGUGGGUGCGCCACCUGGAGGCGGCGGGCCCCAGGGUCUCCUGGCUGCCCUGGGUGCACCGGUACCUGGUGGAAAACACCUUCUUCGUCUUCCUGGUGUCGGCGCUGCUGCUGGCCGUGAUCUAUCUCAACAUCCAGGUGGUGCGGGGCCAGCGGAAAGUCAUCUGCCUGCUCAAGGAGCAGAUCAGCAACGAGGGGGAGGACAAAAUCUUCUUAAUUAACAAGCUUCACUCCAUCUACGAGAAGAAGGAGAGGGAGGAGAGGAGCAGACGCUGUCCUCCAAACCAUUACGGUCCCUCUCUGGAUGGGGACGUACGCCUGCCACUGCUGGUUUGACAGCAUGAUCACUGCUUGUGAUCUGUCAAGCUCGCCUUGCCAACCUCACAAAGGACAGUAGUGGCUGCUUAUGGCAGGGAAGUGGAAGAACUUGCCCCGGAUAUUUCUGGAAUCACUGUGUGUGCUAGUCAGUCUUUUGUGUCAACCAGGCCAGGCUGUGGGGCCCAGUGAUCUCAACAGGAACCGAGGUGUCCUGUGAACGUGUGCUGCUGUAGACAGUGAACACCUACAGUCGAUUCACCUAAAGAUCAUCCUUGAGAACGUGUGGGCCUUAUCCAAUCAGCUGAAAGUCUUCAGAGCAAAAACUGAUGUUUCCUAGAGAAGGAAUUCUGCCUCAGAGGGAGGUGUCCACGCCCGCUGUAUGUCCAGCCUGUGGCCCCACGGCUGGGUGAGCCUGUCCUCUUUCCCUGUUUCUGUCUCCUACUGAUUCAGUCUCUGGACUCACUGUGUGGCCCCAGACCCUCCAGUGAGGACCGCCCGUGUUUCUUCAGAGCAGCCCUUGUAUGCUGCAGACCAGGCUUCAGCUUGUCCCUGGGAGCCCUGGGGCAUGUUCUGUGACCUCCCAGCUCCUCGCCUCAUGGGGCAUGAUUCCUGUGUGUGCUGCGUACUACGCCUGGCACUGUUUGGCAGGUUGCAGGGAGGCCAUGCUCGCCCCACGAGUGCAGCCUAAGAUGUGGAAACUGGAAACUGUUCUAGCGGAUGGGAACUUGACGCUAUUUCUGGAUGAAUGACAAGGCUCCUCGAUGCCACUGCUUCUCGGCCUUGGCUGCACGACGGAAUCCCCUGCGGAGGUUUUGAAAACACUGGUACUCGCUGCAGGCAGUGGCAGCUGCUUCAGAGACUGAGGUGGAGGAUUGCUAGAGGCCAGAAGUUUUGGUUUGUUUUUUGAGACCGAGUCUUGCUCUGUUGCACAGGCUGGAGUGUAGUCCCGUGAUCUGGGUUCCCUA